CAAUCCGAAAACAUUGUCCAACAGAAACGCCCGCAGCGCGCUAUACUCCGCCAUCCGCGUGUACUCUUUUCCCACAACUGCAUCGUAAAUUCUGAAAAUUAAGUGAAUGCAGAUUGUACGCAAGAGCAUAAGAUGCUGAGAAACAUGCGAUAAUGGAAAACUCUGAAUUGUGAAUUGCGUGAAAAGUUCGUCGGAGUGGUGAUUAUUAGUGGGUUCGGGGCGAGCUUUGCACAAGACCACGUGGCGUCCCAAAAUCAGCCCACAGAGUGCGAAAGAGAAUCGGAAAUAAGAAGUACAAGUAAGCCAGUUACCCGACAAGUGCUGUGUCCACAAUGGAAUGGGACUGGAGUUGGGCCGUUGGAGGCAUUACCGCUGAGGUUCCCAGGACAACGGGGCCCGAGUGCAUAAACUAUAUGACGGAUCGGAGACGCUGGAUAGAGACGGUGCUGCUGUCGGCCCUCUUUGUCUUCAUUAUGCACAGGUCGUGGAAGCGUCUAGCCCCCAUAAAACUGCCGCCACUCCAUGAGAUUCAAAAAUCGCACAGCCCCACGCGGCUGUUCCUCCUAGUCGCAAUGUCCAUGGUGUUUGGCAUUGAGAUGGGCUUUAAGCUGUCUGGACAAUCGAUGAUCUUCGCCUUGAACCCCUGCCACGUGCAGACGUGUCUACAGAUCUAUCUCCUGGCCGCCAAGCCCACAAAGACAACUACGGCAAUGUUUCGGAUACAAAUGAGCAACCUGAACGGCCCUUUCUUGGCCUUUCUCUUCCCCGAGGUGGAGGGCCGCACUUAUCCCUUCGAGCAGUCCACGUAUUGGAUACAGCAUGCGCUGCUCUACAUUAUACCCAUUUACAUUAUCCGUAGCGGAGCGUACUCCGUGGAGGACCUUGGCGACUUCCACUGGACAAAAAUUGGAACAGCUUUCAUGCUGUUUUAUCAUUUUAUUUUUCUCUCCCCACUAUCCAUAUUAACUGGCAUCAAUCUGGAUCACAUGCUGUGUGCUGCCAUGUCUGACCCAUUUCAGGGCCCCAACUACAGACUUUUUGCUUGUUGCCAUCAGGCUUUGCUCUGCCCGCUGCUCAGCAAGGGAACCGUGCUCCUGUUUGGCCGCCGGAUGAACGCCUCCAGUGAGAAUGGAGUGAGGAUGAGGAACGUGGGCCGUGAGACUUUGCCAGCGGCAGGGACCGAGGCGGAGGCUGCCAUAUAUCAUCAGCGUACGCAGGAGUACGCCACAGCAGAGGAGGCCACAGAUACAUUAAUGCGGCAUCGGUACAAUGCACAGGCAGCGGCGGCAUCAUCGGGUGGAAUGCAUUCGCAUGACGCGGAGGAAAUGGCGGCCAUAUACGACGCGGCGGAAUACAGGAUGCCCACAACCAGGAUCGACUAGUACACAGCGAAAGACAGGGCCUAGCAAUAUGGUGUAUGCCCACUAUGCAUGUCAAUUCUUAAAUUACUUUAGCAACUUUCUGUGUGGUCUGGUCUUCUCCGAUCCGGUCCACGCUUCGUAGUUAGACCCCACCCCGCACCCAUCAUAAACAGAGAUACAGAGGAUUUUAGCUGAUCUGUAAACUGAGAGGUAGAGAUGGUGAACAAAACACGUGUACAUACUAUACAACUAAUGCUACAAAUUCAUGCUCACGAGGUUACACUUCUAAACAAAAC